ACUUGAUCCAACGGAUCUGGCAGUGUCGCCACGCUGAAAUCCUCUUCACUCUCUCUCAAAAAAUUUCUUUUGAAUUUACGAUUUUUCCGAAUUUGCUGGAUUUUUCACUUCGAGCAUUUAAUUUUCGUAGCUAUUUGGGUAGUUUACAGUUUGAUUUUUCAAGUAAUUAUUUUUAGGGCUUUUUUAUGGUUUUAUUAGUUUCUUGAUUGUCCACGGUUGAAACUUCGUCAUAUCUGGUACUCUGAAGUGAUUAUAGUAAAAACUUGUGUCUAGUAAUUUUGAUUUUAGAAGUGAAAUUACUUCUUCAAGUUUUUUCGCUGAUUUUUCCUUUUUUUUUUCUUUUAUUACUGUUGGAUGUUUCUAGUAUUUCCUGCGUUUUUUCUGUAUUGUUUUUGGUUUUUUGUAUUUUUUUGCCUUUUAGGAAUGGUAGAGUAUAUAAAAUCAGUAUAUAGCCAAAGCUUUUGAGCUUCAUCCUUUCUGGUAUCAAACGCUGUGGAUGAUCAAUACGAAUCUUACGAUUUUGAGUUCAAAGCAGUUUUGACAUCUUACUAAUACCAAAAGUCUAAAUUCCAAUUUUCACUAUCGCGUGAAUUAUUGAAAGAAAAAAUGGCGGAUUCUGAUAAUGAAUCGGGAGGACAGAGAGAUCAUAACUCGCAUAACGAGACCUCCCCAAGAGAGCAGGACAGGCUUCUCCCAAUCGCUAACGUAAGCAGAAUCAUGAAGAAGGCACUACCGGCGAACGCCAAGAUAUCGAAAGAUGCGAAAGAAACAGUGCAAGAGUGUGUAUCGGAGUUCAUCAGCUUCAUCACCGGAGAGGCGUCGGAUAAGUGCCAGAGGGAGAAAAGGAAGACGAUCAACGGCGAUGAUUUACUCUGGGCCAUGACCACUUUAGGAUUCGAGGAUUACGUCGAGCCGUUGAAGAUUUACUUGCAGAGGUUUCGUGAUAUGGAGGGGGAGAAGAGUGCAAUGGCCGGAAGAGGGGAGAAGGACAGCGGCGGAGGCGGCUCCGGUGGUGGGAAUGGCAGUGUGGUAAAUAUGGGGACUCCCGGGGGUGGUUAUGAAGGGAUGUAUACGAUGAUGGGGCAUCAGAUGCAGGGACGAGUGUACGGGUACAAUCAGAUGGGUGGAAAUGGGUCUGGCAAAGUUGGGUCAGGAUACCAUAUCGGAUCCGGGUCUUCGGCUGCCAGUGGAAGACCAAGGUAGCUUGAUUUGCCUUCUAUUGAUAAUGACGUGACAUUAGUAUAUGUUGAAUUAUCAAAUACAGUAUUCGUGUUGAUAUAUGUGUAUAUGUGAGUUUGGUUUAGUCAUUGAUUCCUGUCAUGGAUUUUGGCCUUGUGGGUCAAAUCUCAUCUUCAUGCUUUUAGUGUUAAUAACUUGGACUGAUAGUUUUUCUGCCUAAUUGGGUCGGCUCAAAACUUGUACCUCAACAUUCGGCUCAAUACUCUCAUGGCAUCUCAAACUAUUGUAAUUGCAUUCCAUGUAUAUAGGUUCAAAGUGAUUGAAGGAAUGUAACGAGUAAUUUUGUUAAAAUGCUUUUGUACUAGUUGACUUUUAAGUGAAAUUGAUGGUUGUUAA